GCGCCCUUCUUCGCCCAGGCCGGAGAGCUGCCGCGGCUUGAUGGCUGCUGACGCCGGCAUGAGGACCAACGGCGGAGGCACCUGCGGCCCGAGCGACUCGCCCUGCGACUUAAGCUACACGCUCCCCACCAUCUCCUCCAACAAGCUCCCGGACCUCCGCUUCAUCAGCCGGGGCGCCUAUGGCACCGUGUCCUCGGCGCGUCACGCCGACUGGCGGAUCCCAGUGGCUGUCAAGUGUCUGCAGGGCCCCCUGCUAGACAGUGAGAGAGACAAUCUUUUAAAAGAAGCUGGAAUUUUACACCAGGCAAGGUUCAGUUAUAUUCUGCCAAUUCUGGGAAUUUGCAAUGAACCUGAAUUUCUGGGCAUAGUCACGGAAUAUAUGCCAAAUGGGUCAUUGAGCGAACUUUUACAUGGCAAAAAUGUAUAUCCUGACCUUGCUUGGUCACUGAGGUUUCGAAUUCUCUAUGAAAUUGCCUUGGGAGUAAACUAUCUUCACAACAUGAGUCCUCCACUCCUACACCAUGAUUUGAAGACCCAGAAUAUUUUACUUGACAGUGAUUUUCAUGUUAAGAUUGCAGAUUUUGGCUUGUCAAAAUGGCGCAUGGUAUCCAUGUCAUUAUCUCGAGGUGAGAAAUCAAUGCCUGAAGGAGGAACCAUUAUCUACAUGCCGCCUGAAGAUUACGAUUGCAACCAAAAAACAUGUGCAAGCAUGAAGCAUGAUAUAUAUAGUUAUGCCAUUAUUAUGUGGGAAGUGAUGUCAAGAAAACAGCCAUUUGAAGAUGUUAUAAACCCCUUGCAGAUUAUGUAUAGCGUGUCACAAGGAAAGCGCCCGGACACAAGCGAAGAAUAUUUGUCACUUGAUAUUCCUUACCGACGGUUGAUGCUGUCAUUAAUGGGAUCUGGCUGGGCACAAAAUCCAAACGAAAGGCCGCUUUUUUCAAGAUGCUUAAUAGAGCUAGAACCUGUACUAAGAACCUUUGAUGAGAUACCUAUGCUUCAGGCAGUGAUAGAGUUAAAGAAAGCCAAGUCUCAGUACGAGUGGCGAUGUGCUCGCUUGUCUAGCAAUGUGUCCAGUGAUGAAUCGAUAUCUCUAAAUAUACCAGUACAUCCUAGUCUACAGGAGGAAUCCCAUGACUCUGCAUCCCAAAAUGAUAGACCCCGUCUACAAAGUGUUUUCCAGGAUAUGUCAAAACAGUGCAACGUCCUUUCGGAAGGUAGUGAUGACUCUUCAGGUGUGCCACACUCACUGGUUAGCUGCAUCUUGCUGCCUCCAAAUAUUCAACGUUCUGCAUCUCUACAGAACUCUUCCUCAUCCACCACAAAUAGUUCUAAUUCAUCAAAUUCAAUGCCGUGCAUGCUGCAGCCUUCAGGAUCUCAAUCAGAUUUUUUACUGAGGACCCUGCAACAACAGGAUGUGGCUGUAGCCCACCAGUGGAUCCAAACUAAAAGAGAGGAAAUCGUCAGCCAGAUGACUGAGGCUUGUCUUAACCAGACUUUGGAUGCCCUCCUUUCACGGGAUUUAAUCAUGAAAGAGGAUUAUGAACUUAUCAGCACCAAACCUACAAGGACCUCAAAAGUCAGGCAACUGCUUGAUACUACUGAUAGCCAAGGAGAGGAAGUUGCUAGGGUUAUAGUGCAAAAACUGAAAGACAAUAAACAGCUGGGACUUCAGCCGUAUCCCAAUAUAUCUCUUGUGCAUAGGCCCACAUCUUUGAAUUGAUAAACACCAGCAUAAAGAACUUGCAGUGUUUUCUUAAAAGUUGGAUUCUUGUUUCUCAGAUGUCACUUUAUAAUAGCCUUUCCCAGCCUGGUGCCUUCCAGAUGUUGUGGACUACAGUAUUCCUGAUUAUUUCCCAUGCUGGCUGGGGCUGAUGGAAGCUGAAGUCCAAAACAUCUGGAAAGAACCAAGUUGAGGAAGCAUGCUCAAGACUGGAGUUCGGAGUUGGGUCGGUGGGUGGGGGGUUCUGGUAAGUGAAAGUAUUAGGUGACAUCUUUGUCAUUUUAAAAGUUUUAUAUACUAUUUUUUACACCCCACCCUUGGAGUUUCCUCCAUUGAUGGAUACACAUGUAUUUUGUGGAUCUAUGAAAAUAAGGACAAUAUAAAAUACUAUGGAAAAUAUGUGUGGCUUAACUGUCUUUAUAUGCCAUCUCUCUUGUCAGUCAGAACUUUCUUGGAGAAAAAAGAACAAGGCUAACUUCUUUAGCAUGUUGGUGGGAUUGCUGUAAAGCAGUGGUUUUCAGGCCCUUCUCCCUGAAGUGGAAUGCUUUCUGCUUCGACUUGUUCUGCUAUGGGAGCCACUGCCCAUCUGCACCCACAUUUCUGGGCAUUGCAAGAGAUUAUCAAGCAUGUUCAGAAGUACAUGGUUGGUUCAUGUGGAGCAAUGACUAGAGCUAUUGGACCAUUGGGAACACAUCUUGGAAUACAUCCCCCAUUCCUCUGUGGCUCUGUAAUGUAAGAAGAGAUCAGGAAUUGUGGGUAAGCUGUCUUUCAAGGAAGCUCGCCUGAUAUAAGUGAUCUUUUCCCUGAAGAACCUCAUAUAAAUAUCUAAGAAACACCAACAUUGACCAAUACAUAAUAUGAAAACCAUUACUCAAAAACAGAUGCUGAACUUCAGGACUCAAUUGUUUUGUGGAUCCCGGCUUUGAUGCAGUUUCCCCCUGCUCUAAAAGGCCAAAAUGCCUCUCUUCAGGCUUAGUGCAUUCUUUACUUUAAGGUGUAUUAUGUUGCUUACCUGGAGUAUUUGUGCUUCCUGCUUUUUGGUGUGAUUG